AUGGUAAAGUCAACUGAACGUAACACAGCUUUGAAAUUUUGUACCGUUUGUGCAUCGAACAAUAACCGUUCUAUGGAAUCACAUAAAGUCCUACAGGAGGCAGGAUACGAUGUUAGUUCAUAUGGUACUGGUUCAGCUGUGAGGCUCCCGGGGCUUUCCAUUGAUAAGCCCAAUGUUUACGCAUUUGGUACACCUUACAAUGAUAUAUAUAAUGAUUUAUUGUCGCAAUCGGCAGAAAGAUAUAAGGCCAACGGAUUAUUGCAAAUGUUGGACCGUAAUAGGAGAUUAAAGAAGGCACCUGAAAAGUGGCAUACCAAUUCCAAGACUUUUGAUUUUGUUUUCACUUGUGAGGAGAGAUGUUUCGAUUCAGUUUGUGAAGAUUUGAUGAACCGUGGUGGUAAUUUAAAUAAGAUGGUUCAUGUCAUUAAUAUUGAUAUUAAGGAUGACAAUGAAAAUGCAAAGAUUGGUGGGAAAGGUAUAUUGGAAUUGGCAGAUAUGUUGGGUGCCAAAGUUAAGGAAUGCGACGAGAGCUACAUACCGUUUGAAGAUUGUAUAAUGGACAUACUUGCAAUUUGGCAACAGGAUCAUCCAAACUUACCAUUAUUAUAUUCUCCGGCAUUCUACUAA